UGUGUUAGUAUGUACCAAGUGACAGGGCCUAAUACCGGAUUUGGACUGUGCAACAACCUUGCCUAUACCAGUAUAGGACUGUAGGCCUACAGCUGAAUGAGGUGAAUCUGCUCUAUGCUCACUCAUUUUUCACCUGCCUGUAAUCUUUUGUAAUCGAUCAUUGUAAUUUAAUCAGUGUGAAUCGCUUGCGUGAGUAUUCUAGCCUAAAUUAUUUUAAUGAGUAGUUCAGUAAUUUUGGAAAAUACAAUGCAAGUUCGGUCAGAGAGAACUAUAGCGUAUUGCACACCCGGUAUUUAAACUGCUGAUAAGAAAGAAAGACCGAAUAACCGCAUCUAAAUUCGUACCGGUCUUAUCUAGACGGGAAUAGGACAAUGGCGACGUUAACAAGCCAGGACUCAACCGCUCAAGCGCGGGUUUAUUUCCAAACGCCUCCCGGUACCGAGGAUUCAGAAGUCGUCCAGAAGCAAGGGCGGGUAACCGUGAAAUACGAUAGAAAAGAGCUGAGGAAGCGACUCAAUUUGGAGGAGUGGAUAAUUGAGCAGUUAACGGAUUUAUACGACUGUGAGGUAGGCAAUGACACAAUCUAUUCUUUGUUUACAUUAAAUUUUUUCCCAUUCGUUUUUUGUUUUUGUUUUACAAUCUUCAACGAUCUCUACCUUGAUUGGGAUCUAUGUAGGCUAUAGGAUUGCAGUAAUAUUAAAACCUAGGGGCUACAAUAAUAUAACAAAAUAUGAGUGGUAAUUACAGACACAAUGUAGGGCGUGGCCACAUCAUUGUAAUACUGUACUAAACAAUAGAAGAAAUGAGGGGUUUCCUCAAGUAGUGAGGGACAAAAUGUGCUGUUUCAAUAAAAUGUGUGCAUAAUAUAUUGACAAGUAGGAGGAUAGGCCGGUUGGCACUGAGCAAUAUGGCCACUGCACCUGCGAAGCAAUUACAGUACAGCCUACCUACUCUGUAGGAUUAGCAGAUGAUGACCACUUCAAAUGUUACAUAAUGGCAAUGCCUGAUUGUCUUUAACAAAGAAAAUAUCAUUGACUAUGGAUAGAUAUCCCACCCCACCCUCUCUGCUUCUCCAUGGAAAUGGCACAUACUGCACUACAGUGCACAGCAUUACAUGUUUGUGAUGUAUUCUGCAUGAAGUGAUCAUCUUCAUGAAUGACCCCUGUAAGCAACAUAUUUUUACAGCACCUCUUAGACAUGUCUAGAGUCCAGUGGUUCCCAACUCCGGUCCACAAAUACCCCUGAGGGCCUGAUAAUUAGUUGACAAGUUUAAUCAGGUGUGCUUGUCUGGGGCUACAAUAAAAAUGUGUACUGUUGGGGAUACUCGAGGACUGGAGCUGGGAACCACUGGUCUAGACCACUGAAUUGAUCAGUUUGUUUUGACACACAAUAACACAUGAACUAUUCACAUAAAAGGGUUGCAGCAGCACCUAUGCAUCAGCUAAGUUGGGAACAAUGUGGUUAACAUUAUAGGUUGAGAAGUAACAUGCAGCACCGGCACAUUACGCAUUAUUGGACUGUAAUGACAUUGACCAUUACUUAUGUCAAAUGGUCCUCAAAGAGACCAUCUGGACUAGUAAAAUGCUAAUUGGACUAAUAAUGACCUUGGCUGGAGCAGACGGUGACAUAUGGUGGGAGAUAUGAAUGUGAUUGAUCAGCGUUUGAUUUAGGCAACUCUGCUCUUCAGGGUUGUGCCAGGGUUGGAUGAGAUGCUGAGUGUUUUCUGAUUGUUCUAUGUUAUGUGAGUGUGGGCUCUUGCAACUACUCCUUGACCUCCUGACUAGGUCCUUGGGCUGUAGAUUAUAGUCAUUUAAACAGCAAUACAAUGUACUAACUGGAUAUUGUAUUGUAAUAUUGUAUUUCUAUAGUGAUGGCUACUUCUAGACAGUCAUGUUUAAGGCCUCCUGUAGCUCAGUUGGUAGAGCAUGGCGCUUGCAACGCCAGGGUUGUGGGUUCGAUUCCCACGGGGGGCCAGUAUGAAAAAUGUAUGCACUCACUAACUGUAAUUCGCUCUGGAUAAGAGCAUCUGCUAAAUGACUAAAAUGUCAUGUUCAAUUGAGUAGACAGCGGUCAGGAAGUCAGAGUGUAUUGUUAUCAGUACACACCACAUAGGGGGUUCAGCCCAUCCUGUUAUGUUGAAAAGCAAAGGGAGGAAGCCAGGGACCUAUGGAGGAUGUUCAGAGGUGAGACUGUUGUGCAAAAAUAUUUAGCCUGUCUGAUCUAUUCAUUACAGUUUUUUCCUCCUCUCCUUGUUGUUUUCUGUUUCUAUGUCUUUGUCUAUCACUGUCUCUCUCUCUCCCUGGCUUUGCCUCUCUCAGGAGGAGGAGAUUCCAGAGUUGGAGAUUGACGUGGAUGAGCUGUUGGAUAUGCUCACUGAUGGAGACCGGGCCUCCAGGGUCAAGGUGACCACUAAACCCUAUUCGAUGUUGACUACAAAUCCAUUAUUGUUCAUUUGUAUCAAGGGUCGAUCUCAAAAUGUUAUUGCAAAUCUCCCAUUGAUAUCAUUACAUGCAUUUACAACAGUUACCCAUGUGGAUUUCAAGUUAGGAUUCGGCUCUUCUAAUAGAGUUAAUUUCCUCUUUCACUUCCUAUUGUUUUGCAGGGUUUGCUGGUUGACUGUUACAAACCUACAGAUGUAAGUUCAAAAUUAGAAUCAGAUUAUUCUCUGCUACUGUUAAGCUUUAAACCCAGCAUUAGAGUGACUGAUCAACUGAAAAUAACUCUCUGGAACCAACUUCCCAUCCAUUGUUUUGACCAAGUUUCUCAAAUAAAUGAGUAAUACAGUAACAUGUAUGAUAAUAGUUGUUCAGUCUCACACCACCCUCCAUUGUUCAUUUACUGCAGGACUUUGUCACAGCUCUCCUGGAGAAGGUUAAAGGUCUGCAGAAACUCAGCACUCUGCCCAAAAAGAAUGAAAAAUCUCCUCCUUAGCCUCAGAACGACCCCAACCGAUUACAACUCAGUUCUACACAGGGACACCCAGCUAGAAUCCCUCAGCAUCUAGAAUCCUUCAGUCAGCAGGAUUGAUAGAGGGAAGAAGAUCGACCAAUCAAAUCUCUGCAGCAGGGAUUACUAUGUCUCUGUCUUUGUUUAAACAACUUCUUGUCAAUUUAUAAUCAUGUUAUACAUAUACAGUAGUAAGUGAUGAGUGUUAUAUCAUAAUAAUAUAGUACAUAAUAUUGAUAAACUGAUAAACUGAUUUGUUGACACGGAGGAAGAAUAUAACAACAUUUAACUUGAGCUAUAGGUCACCAGCAAAGCAUGACAAGUACAUAAACAUCAUGACAGCUCAUAGUGAGUCAUGACAGAGGCAACAUUAUGCAGUCUAACAAAUGUAACUCUUUGGUUAGUUGAUUAGUUAACUUACAUUAUUGUAUGUAUAAUGACAGCUAGAAAUAGUGAACUGUCAUUGGUUGGUAAUAGCUGGAGCCAUGUCAUUUUUACGAUGCCAUUUUAACCAGGAUUUAUAGAGAAGCAAAGUGUUACUGAGAAUGGUUUAUGUAGGAAACGGUAGUUAAGUCUGUGUAAUGAUUUCAAGCCGAGCACUGUCAUCAUCUGUCAAAUAUUUUUUUGGGAAAGGGAAGCAUGAAGGGCUUUUUAACAUUUCACACUAGACUACUGGGAGUGAACAUUAUGCUUUUCUUUGUUAUACCUUUGACAUGAGCAAGUGUGGACAGUUGUCAAAGACAAACACCAGCAUGCCACACAUAAGGUACUGUAAUAACAUCAGUAGCCUACACAUUUUCAUUGCGCAAAAAUUGUUAUAUAAUUUUGGGAGUAAUGCAUGACUUACUCCAUAAAACACAGGAAAACAUUAGCAGAUUAGGGUUAGGGUCCAUUUAAAUCCAUUACAUGAACUGUCACUACAGUAAACGCUUUUGAGCCCUACUAUAACAUAUGGUUAAACUGUUUUCCUCUACACAUCCUCCACCCUGGUGCCUGAGAGUGAGGGGGUGGGUCUGUUUCUCUCAGACCUGCCUGACCCAAGUAGAUAGAAAGGCCUUUGCUUUAUAUAGCUUUUUAUUUGUUUCUCAAACCAAAUAAACCUUGUCAUUAACCAUACAGUAAGCACUGCGAAAAGGACAUGAAAGGCCUUAGAAGACAAUGGCAAUGAUUGUAUUGACUAUUGUGGAUUAAGCAAUGUCUUUGAAAAGUAUGACAAUUGGUCCUGCAUUUCGCUGCACCCGCUAUAACAUCUGUUAAACUGUGUACGCGACCAAUAAACGUU